UUGACAUCCCUGGCCGCCAUCGCGCUGUUUAGGUUUGAGGGAAAAAGAAAAACUAUAGAAAGAAAGGUAAAACAGCGUGCUAAAAAGAACAGAGCAAAACCUUAAGAAGAAUGCAAGUUUUUGCCGCUGCUUCUCCAGCGUCCGCCACCAUCGCCGCCGCGUCUUCAGUUUCCAGCGAUACAAACCAGGCGCACAAUUGCUUUUCCCGACUCGCUUCAUCUGCUUUUUAUGGGUUUUCACUGAACCAGCGGAUGUUUCUAUUGAAUCGAGGUGUUCAGUUGGCACCGACUUCGAGCAAUUUAACUAGGCUUAGGGUGAGAGCUAUGACAGAAACGUUUACGAAGCUUGAAUCGAAGCCCUUAGUUUCUGAGAAGAGGCAAGCAUUGAUUUCACUAUCAGACAAGAAUAAUUUGUCUUUGCUAGGAAAUGGACUCCAGGAACUAGGAUUUACAAUUGUUUCUACGGGUGGAACUGCAUCUGCUUUGGAAGGUUAUGGUGUCCCUGUCACAAAAGUUGAAGAUCGUACCCAUUUUCCUGAAAUGCUUGAUGGACGUGUAAAAACUUUGCACCCUAACAUUCAUGGUGGUAUUCUUGCAAGAAGAGACCUGGAGCAUCACAUGGAAGCCCUUAAUACUCAUGGGAUUGGUACAUUUGAUGUAGUAGUUGUGAAUUUAUAUCCAUUCUAUGAUAAGGUUUCCUCGUCUACUGGAAUUUCUUUCGAAGACGGGAUUGAAAACAUUGAUAUUGGCGGGCCAGCCAUGAUCAGAGCUGCUGCAAAGAAUCAUAAGGAUGUUUUGGUUGUAGUCGACUCCAAUGAUUAUCCAGCACUUAUAGAAUAUCUCAAAGGAGGACAGGAAGACCAACAAUUCAGGAGGAGACUGGCUUGUAAAGCUUUUCAACAUGUUGCUUUGUAUGAUUCUGCAGUUUCAGAAUGGCUGUGGAAACAGACUGAGGGAGACAACAAGUUCCCUCCAACAUUUACCGUACCAUUAUCACUGAAAAGUUCACUUCGAUAUGGUGAAAAUCCCCAUCAGAAGGCUGCAUUUUAUGUUGACAAGUCUCUUGCUGAGGUCAAUGCUGGGGGCAUUGCAACUGCCAUACAACACCAUGGAAAGGAGAUGUCUUACAACAAUUAUUUAGAUGCGGAUGCAGCAUGGAACUGUGUGUGUGAGUUUAGUAUGCCAACUUGUGUGGUUGUAAAGCACACAAAUCCUUGUGGAGUGGCAUCACGCAAUGAUAUUAUUGAUGCAUAUAGACUUGCUGUGAAAGCAGAUCCUGUUAGUGCUUUUGGUGGCAUUGUUGCUUUCAAUGUUGAGGUUGAUGAGGCUCUCGCAAAAGAUUUAAGAGAGUUCAGAAGUCCGACGGAUGGUGAAACUCGUAUGUUCUAUGAGAUUGUCGUUGCCCCUAAGUAUACUCCAAAGGGUCUUGAAGUACUCCGAGGAAAGUCCAAAACUUUAAGAAUCCUCGAGGCAAGCAAGAACAAGAACGAAAAGCUCUCUCUAAGACAAGUCGGUGGGGGAUGGUUAGUUCAGGACGCAGAUGAUUUGACACCUGAUAAUAUCAAAUUCAAUGUUGUUUCUGAGAAAUCUCGAAAUGAAAAUGAGCUUUGCGAUGCUCAAUUUGCAUGGCGUUGCGUGAAGCAUGUGAAAAGCAAUGCUAUUGUUAUAGCAAAGGAUAAUCGUAUGCUAGGUAUGGGAAGUGGACAACCAAACCGCCUUGAAAGUUUGAGGAUAGCAAUGAGGAAAGCCGGGGAUGAAGUCAAGGGAGCUACAUUGGCUAGUGAUGCCUUCUUCCCUUUCGCCUGGAAUGAUGCGGUCGAAGAGGCCUGUAAAAGUGGGAUUAGCACUAUUGUCGAGCCCGGUGGGAGCAUAAGGGAUGCGGACGCAAUUGAUUGCUGUAAUAGGUACGGGGUCUCGCUUAUUUUUACCAAUGUGAGGCACUUCAGGCACUGAUUAACUAGUCAGAGAUGAUCGUGUGACUAUUUCGACUUCUUUUUAGACUUCUUUUCAUCGUUCUAAACUUUUCUUUGUCAAGAGGGUAAAUUUUGUCCAAUUGUGUUGUUUGUAUCUGAUAUGACAUGUUUGUGUUGGCUAGAUUUACCUACAGUUAACUUUUGUUUUGGCUAGAUUUACCAACAGUUUACUUUAGGCACUGAUUAACUAAUUGAUAUGAUCGUGACUAUUUCUUUUUCUUUUAA